CGCACCGGGAGCAGGUGACCGGAGGGAGAGUUGGGUGCGCUGCGGAGAUCUGGCAGGGCGCGACGCGGGCGCACCGGCGGAGUGCAGUGCUCCGGACACUUCAAGUGAGUUCCUGUGUGAUCCUCGCAGGAGCCCCGGGACCCAGACAGAGACACACCACAGCGGCAGGAAGUGUCCGAGCCGGGAUUCGAGCCGAGGGUGUCAGAGGAGGGAAACUGAGGCUGCAGAGGCCCCAGAGGGACAGGAAAACCAGAAAUGGACCUCAUGAGACUCACUCGACUGUUCUCCAGGGCUCGCCCCAUGGGACUGUUUAUCCUGCAACACCUGGACCCUUGUAGAGUCAGGUGGGCAGGAGGCAGGGAGGGGCUGAUGCAGCCAGUGUGGGCGGCCUUCAGCAGCUCCUCCUGUCAGCUGCCUCUUGGCCAGGAGAACACAGGCAGUCUGGGCUCUGACCCGAGCCACUCCAACCCCACGACCACUCAGGAGGAAGACGAAGAGGAAGAGGAGAGUUUUGGGACCCUUUCUGACAAAUACUCCUCCCGGAAACUAUUCCGAAAAUCAACAGCCCAGUACUAUAACCUGCGGCUCAGGGAACACAAUGAGGAAGAUGAGCAAAGGGAACCAGAGCCCAAACUAUGGCGAGGCCGGAGAAACACCCCAUACUGGUACUUCUUGCAGUGCAAACGCCUGAUCAAGGAAGGGAAGCUGGUCGAAGCCCUGGACCUGUUUGAGAGGCAGAUGCUGAAGGAGGAGCGAUUGCAGCCAAUGGAGAGCAACUACACCGUGCUGAUUGGGGGCUGCGGGCGGGUCGGCUACCUGAAGAAGGCCUUCAAGCUCUACAACGAGAUGAAAAAGCGGGGCCUGGAGCCCUCAGAUGCCACCUACACGGCCCUGUUCAAUGUCUGUGCUGAGUCUCCCUGGAAGGACUCGGCUCUGCAGAGUGCCCUGAAGCUCCGGCAGCAGCUCCAAGCCAGAAACUUCCAGCUCAACUUGAAAACGUACCAUGCACUGCUGAAGAUGGCUGCCAAGUGUGCAGACCUUAGGAUGUGCCUCGAUGUAUUCAAAGAAAUUAUCCACAAAGGGCACGUGGUCACAGAGGAGACUUUCAGUUUUCUCCUUAUGGGCUGCAUCCAAGACAAGAAGACGGGCUUCCGGUGCGCCCUCCAGGUGUGGCAGCUGAUGCUGAGUUUGGGGCUACAGCCAAAUCGGGACAUCUAUAACCUGCUGUUGGUGGCAGCUCGGGACUGUGGGCUGGGGGACCCCCAGGUGGCCUCAGAGCUGCUUCUGAAGCCUAGGGAAGAGGCAACCCUGCUUCAGCCCCUGGUGGGCAGGCAGCGGCCAAGGAGGACAUCCCAGGCCAAGGCAGGCAAUCGCAUGUCAACCAUGCUGCAUGUGGAGGCCCUGGAGAGGCAGCUGUUUCCGGAACCUUCUCAGGCACUUGGGCCUCCAGAGCCUCAGGAAGCCAGAGUGCCCAGCAAGGCCCAGCCAGAGGUGGAAACCGAGGCAGAUCCCAGCCACACAGAGGCCCUCAACCCAGUGGCCCCGAAGCCACCUCCUGUGGAGCUGGAAGUCAACCUCCUGACCCCCGGGGCGGUCCCCACCACUGUGGUCUCCUUUGGGACAGUGACCAGCCCAGCUGACCGGCUAGCCUUGAUGGGGGGCUUGGAUGGCUUCCUGAGCAAGAUGGCAGAGCAUGGGCAGCAGCCCGACAUCAGGACCCUCACAUUACUGGCUGAGGUGGUAGAGCCUGGGAGUCCCAUGGAGUCCAUGGUGCUGGCCCUCCCGGACGUGCACCAGGUGGAGGCCGACCUGACGUUCUUCAACACGCUGGUGAGAAAGAAGAGCAAGCUGGGAGACCUGGAUGGGGCUAAGGCGCUGUUACCAGUCCUGGCAAAGAGGGGCCUCGUCCCCAACCUGCAGACGUUCUGCAACCUUGCUAUCGGGUGUCGCAGGCCAAGGGACGGUCUGCAGCUCCUCGCAGACAUGAAGAAGUGCCAAGUGACCCCCAACACCCACAUCUACAGCGCCCUCAUCAAUGCGGCCGUCCAGAAGCUGGACUACACCUAUCUCAUCAACAUCUUGAAGGACAUGAGGCAGAACAGUGUCCCGGUGAACGAAGUGGUCAUCCGCCAGCUGGAGUUUGCAGCCCAGUACCCUCCCACCUUUGACCGGUACAAAGGGAAGAACACCUACCUGGAGAAGAUUGACGGCUUCCGAGCCUAUUACAAGCAGUGGCUGAAAGUGAUGCCCGCAGAGGAAACCCCGCACCCUUGGCAGAAGUUUCGGACCAAGCCCCGGGAGGACCAGGACACCAGCAGGGAGGCUGAUGUGGAUAGAGGCCUUGGGGGCAGGUGAUGGGGGCACAGCUGGAACAACAUGCUUGGCCCUCAGUGCUCUGUGGGAGCUCCAAGACAAGUGAGCUGGUGUCACCUCCCACCUAGGGGAUGAGCCAGGCCCUGUAGAACAGCUGUAGUAUGUCACAGGUGUUGGUGUGAGAACACACGCUUGGCCCAAGGUGCCUGCACUCCUGGCCGGCAGGUCCAUGGCAGUUCCAGCCACCUUCACAUGUCACCUCACACACCACAAGGGGGCCAGCACGGAGCUGGGGCAUCUGCUCCCUGUGGCCUGGUGCUGCCCCCAGGCCAAUGCUCUGAAAGAACAGACUUGAGGCCCAAGAGGUUUAAAGGUUUUAUUUUUACAAAUCACAGCUGAUGGACAGCAACAUCUUCCCUGUAGAGACUGUGCUCCAACUUGGGCCUGGGGCACUGCUCGCUGCCCCCAGGAAGCGGAUGGCGCCACAGGCAGGAACCCGCGAAGUCCAGAGUCCAGGGUGGAGAGCGCCAGCCUCAGCCAGAGCAGCCACGGCAGCCGCAGUGUGUGCACUCAAUGAUGCGGCCCUGCAACGGAGGAGGACAGUGAGAUGAUGCCUGGGCGCCACGCUCGCCCCUGCAUGCUCACGCCAACCCUCCCGUGGAGGACCUGCCAACAGGCUGUAUAGGGACACGCCUCAGAAACCCUUCCUGACAGCUCUGGACGGGAAAUUUGGCUCCCUCAUGAAGGCGGACAGCUGCUGUUGACACUGAGGCUACAGCUGUAUGUGUAUUUGUAAUACAUUAUGCAAAUCCAAUACACAUGUGCUAGUCAAGAAAAAGCAAUUGGUGUGAA